AUGGCUCCCGAAUCCGAGUCUCAGUCUAACGAACAACCGGCCUCGUUCGAUGCCAAACCUCUAAACAAUGACGACUUAUCAUUCCAGGAGACAGAGCAUCUGCCUAGUCGUCGCAUCCACAUCCUUGGAUUGGGCAGUAUAGGGACGCUUGUGGCACAUUCCCUACGAUGUCUGCCCAAUCCACCUCCGGUUACGUUGAUGAUCCACAAACACCAACAGUACGAGGAGUUCAAAAGGAAUGGAAGGGUGAUAGCUCUAAUAAAUAAGGAAAACGAGAUCAAUGACGAGCAGCGAGGCUACGAUGUCGACUUGUUUGAAGGCCUGACUGCUGACGGGACGGAGAAAUGGCGAUUCAUACCUGACCAGGAAUGGGGCAAAAGCCCAUCUAAUCCGGUCGAGCCGGGGGCGAGACUGCCGUCCGGCGAGCUCUACAUCUACUCCCUGAUAGUGGCCGUAAAGGGCCAUGCUACAGUAUCCGCGCUGCGAUCGAUCAAACACCGAGUCGAUGCGCGGACGACAAUAUGUUUCCUGCAAAACGGCCUCGGACAGAUUGACGAGCUCAACCGGGAAGUUUUUACGGACCCCGAAACUCGCCCAACCUAUAUCCAGGGUGUGGUAUCCCACGGAGCGUAUAUGACUGAUCCCACAACAGUGGUUCAUGCUGGGUUCGGGACGAUAGCCUUAGGCAUCUGUCGGGACCGCGACCGAUAUCCCUUGCCGCCAAAGAGUUUCAAUGGAAACAUGUCGGAGCUGACUGAGAGUGAACGCAAAAGAUUCUUUCCUACAGACCGGGAACUGUUUGCGAAUCUUUCUUCUCGAUAUCUGCUCCGCUCCCUGACGAGGUCGCCAGUACUUGCCUGUACUGUCUUUCCAUAUCUUGAUCUUCUCCAGUUACAGCUGGAGAAGCUAUCUUCGAAUUGUGUGUUGAAUCCGUUGACUGCCUUGCUGGAUGUCCCCAAUGGGGCACUGUUAUACAACGAUGAGAUUGCGACCGUGCAGAGACUCUUGCUCGCUGAAAUCUCGCUGGUUAUUCGCGGCCUGCCUGAGCUCAAUGGCAUCCCUAACGUGCGAGGUCGAUUCUCGGCGACACGGCUGGAACAACUCUUUCGAGCAGUGACACAACGAACAGCGAGGAAUUCCAGCAGCAUGCGCGAAGACAUUCGCAAUGGCAAGAAACCAGAGAUUGACUACAUCAACGGGUAUAUUGUCAGAAGGGGCGAGGAGCAAGGCAUCAAAUGUGCGCUCAACUUUAUGCUGAUGCAGCUCAUCAAAAGCAAGCAUAUGUUCACCAAACCGGAGGAGACGGUCCCUUAUGCGACGAAACGAAUCAAAAUUGAGAGUGAUCCUGAAGGGCCAGGACCAAUCACUCUCAGCGAUGAGAGUACUCCACCGAGAGGCAGUCUUCAGUAG